AUGGAGGAGGAGAUUGAGAAGAGAAAGAGAGAUGAGAAAUGGGUGCAUGAUGCAUCUGUGGAUUAUAAGAACAGAGUUCCUCUACGUUCUUCCACCGGUGCAUGGAAAGCUGCUCUUUUUGUCCUCGUAAUUGAGUUUAGUGAAAGGAUGUGCUACUUUGGGAUAUCCAGCAAUCUUAUCAUGUACUUGACUGAAGUGAUGCAUGAAGACCUAAAAACAGCAACCAAGAACGUAAACUACUGGUUAGGAGCAACAGCAUUGAUGCCUCUGAUUGGAGGAUUUGUUGCUGAUGCCUACACAGGUCGAUUUCAUAUGAUUAUCUUUUCUUCCCUCGUAUACCUCAAGGGAAUAAGCCUGCUGACUAUGUCUCAACUCAUUCCAAGUCUAAAACCAUGCAACAAUGAGAUAUGUGAUCGAACAAGGAAGGUUCAUGAAGUGGUUUUCUUCCUAGCCCUUUACUGCAUCGCCUUGGGUACUGGAGGAUUCAGACCGUCCUUACAAAGCUUUGGUGCUGAUCAAUUUGAUGACGAUCACCUUGAAGAACGAAAGAUGAAGAUGUCUUUCUUCAACUGGUGGUCUUUUACACUGUGCUCUGGAAUAGUGUCUGGGGCUACGGUGGUUGUCUAUGUUCAGGACUUUGUUAGCUGGGGAGUUGCUUUUCUCAUUCUCACUAUUUGUAUGGCUUUAACUAUCAUUAUUUUCUAUAUGGGGAUGCCUUUUUAUAGGUACAGGAGGACAGAAGGAAACCCUUUAAUGCAAAUUCUUCAGGUCCUAAUUGCAGCCAUUAGGAAAAGGAAUUUGAUUUGUCCUCUAAAUCCUGCUUUAUUGCAUGAAAUCCCAAAGUCGGAGAAUUCCCAAGGAAGGCUUUUGAGCCAUACCAGCAGACUUAGGUUUCUUGACAAAGCUGCAAUAGUUGAAGAUACAGAGGAGAAAAAAGAGAAUCCAUGGAGAUUAGCAACAGUGACAAGAGUGGAGGAGACAAAGCUUAUUCUGAAUGUUGUUCCCAUAUGGCUAACUACAUUAAUAAUCGGUGUAUGCAUAGCUCAGAGCCAGACACUGUUUGUAAAACAAGCAGCUGCCAUGAACUUAAAUAUAGGCCACAACUUCAAAAUCCCACCAGCUUCCAUGGUGUCUGUUACCGCUAUUUGCGCUAUAAUAUCUGUCCCAACAUAUGAUAAGAUUAUUGUGCCACGUCUGAGGAAAGCCACAGGUAACGAAAGAGGCAUCAGCAUCCUAAGGAGGAUUGGCAUCGGCUUAACAUUGUUACUCUUAGUGAUGGUUGUUGCUGCCUUGGUAGAAAGAAAGAGAUUAAGAAUGGUUGGACAUGAAGUUGUGACAGAAUGGGGAAAAAAGCAUGAGACUAUGAGUGUGUUGUGGUUGGUACCCCAAUACCUGAUGAUUGGAAUUGGAGGAGAUACACUUUCAAUAGUUGGUUUGCAAGAGUAUUUCUAUGACCAAGUUCCUGACUCAAUGAGAAGCUUAGGAAUAGCUUUAUAUCUCAGUGUGUUUGGAGUAGGAUACUUCUUAAGCAGCUUUCUCAUAAUAAUUGUGGACAAUGUAACGGGGAAGAAUGGCAAAAGUUGGAUUUCAAAGGAUAUAAAUUCAAGCCGUCUAGAUAUGUUUUAUUGGUUGUUGGCCAUCAUAAAUGCUCUAAAUUUGUGUCUCUUUAUAUUUUUGGCAAAAAGGUAUACUUAUAAGACUGUGCAGAGGAAAACUGGAAAUUGA